AUGCCUGAAGCAAUCUUACCUCCCCAUAAGCGGGUGCUAGGUGACGCGGUCAACAAUACAACUGGGAUUAUGAGGUCCCCAAGUGUGCUUAAGAAACGCAAGCUUGAGAAUGAGCCCUCUGUAUCAUUUGCGGAUUCAUCCCAGACCGCACGGCGGAAGAUUGGGUCAACACAGCCCCAAAAAAGUCAAUUUGAAGAGGAGGUGCUGGAAAAGCUAACCCAGGACAUCGGCGACCUGAAAGAGAAUAACUCGGAGAAGGACCAACAAUGGGAGCGUCCUCCGGUGGAGAACUUUGAUGAGUCCAAGGAGAACAUCUGUUUCCAACAGAUUGACGCUGAAGAAUCAGUGCUGAUGGGAAAACCGGCCAUUCGGCUAUUCGGUGUCACUGAAGCUGGACAAUCAGUGUGUCUCCACGUUACCGGCUUCGAGCACUACCUUUACAUCGCCGCCCCUGUCAGUUUCACAAAAGCCGAUUGCGAGCCUUACAAACAUUUCCUCGAGCAAAAGCUGGGCCAGAGCUUCACUGCCAUCUCCUCGGUGCAGCUCACCAUGCGUGAAAAUAUCUACGGAUUCCAGGGAAACCAGAAGAGUUAUUACAUCAAGAUCACCGUCACAGAGCCGAAGCUGGCUGCCCGAUUAAGAAGUGCGCUGGAGAGCGGCAGCGGAAGCAUGAACUACAAGGGCAUGUGGAGCGGUGCAGAUGGCAUUCUUACCUUCGACAAUAUCCAAUACUUGCUACGAUUCAUGAUUGAUACCGGGCUGGCUGGCAUGGCUUGGGUGGAGGCAAUUGCUGGAAAAUACCGCCUUCUUGGGCCCCGUGAACAACUAUCAAACUGCCAGCUCGAAGCUGCCGUUGAUUAUCGUGAUAUGAUCGCCCAUCAACCGAACGGAGAAUGGGCGAAAAUGGCACCCCUUCGCGUUCUAUCCUUUGAUAUUGAGUGUGCCGGCCGAAAGGGUAUUUUCCCGGAGCCCAACAUGGACCCGGUCAUUCAAAUCGCCAACGUUGUCACUCGAUACGGAGAGUCGAAGCCAUUCAUCAGAAAUGUUUUUGUUCUUGACACCUGCAGUCUCAUUGUCAACACCCAAGUUUUGGAGUUCCAAAAGGAGGAGAAGAUGCUCGAUGCCUGGCGUGAUUUCGUGGAAAAGGUUGACCCAGAUGUGAUCAUCGGAUACAACAUUGCCAACUUCGAUUUCCCCUAUCUACUUGAUCGCGCAAAGCAUCUGAAAUGCACAGGGUUCCCGUACUGGACCAGACUCAAGGGGUGCAAGACUGAAGCCAAGGAUGCGAAUUUCUCAAGCAAACAGAUGGGUAACCGCGAUACCAAGGCUACAAACACCAAUGGUCGGAUUCAGCUUGACCUUCUUCAAUUGGUCCAGCGAGAUCACCAACUGCGAAGUUACACUCUCAACUCUGUGUCGUACGAGUUCCUGAAGGAGCAAAAAGAAGAUGUGCACCACACGAUGAUUACAGAACUUUUCAACGGCACUCCUGAUUCCCGACGUCGACUGGCCGUGUACUGUUUGAAAGAUGCAUAUCUACCACAGCGACUGAUGGACAAGUUGAUGUGUCUCGUCAACUACACUGAGAUGGCUAGGGUCACGGGUGUGCCUUUCAACUUCCUUCUCUCCCGUGGACAGCAAGUUAAGUUCAUCAGUCAACUGUUCCGAAAGGCCUUGGAACAGCAACUUGUCAUUCCCAACUCCAAGCCACAAGACGAGCAGGACUAUGAAGGUGCCACCGUCAUUGAGCCCGAGCGAGGAUACUAUGGUGUACCAGUCGCGACUCUCGAUUUCGCCUCACUGUAUCCUUCGAUUAUUCAAGCACACAAUCUGUGCUACACCACUUUGCUAAACAAGACCAGUGUUGAGAAACUCAACCUUAAAAAGGAUGAAGAUUACAUUGUCACGCCAAACGGAGACAUGUUCUGCACAACCAAAGUUCGCAAGGGCCUGUUGUCUCAGAUUCUUGAGGAACUGCUUGGAGCAAGAAAGCGUGCGAAGAAAGAGCUUGCCACCGAGACUGAUGAUUUCAAAAAGGCCGUCUUGAACGGUCGUCAACUUGCGUUGAAGGUCAGCGCCAACAGUGUGUACGGUCUGACUGGUGCCACGGUUGGAAAGUUGCCAUGUCUUCCCAUCGCCAGUUCUACAACUAGUUACGGUCGCCAAAUGAUUGAAAGAACGAAACAGGAGGUUGAAGCACGCUACACCAUCGCCAAUGGCUAUUCCCACGACGCGCAGGUCAUCUAUGGUGAUACUGAUUCCGUCAUGGUGAAAUUCGGUGUGACUGAAUUGGCUGAGGCGAUGAAACUCGGCCAGGAAGCGGCAGACUAUGUCUCUUCGAAGUUCAUCAACCCUAUCAAGCUCGAGUUCGAAAAAGUUUACUUCCCCUAUCUUCUCAUCAACAAGAAGCGAUACGCAGGACUUUACUGGACAAAUCCCGAUAAGCACGACAAGAUGGACACCAAGGGUAUUGAGACAGUCAGACGUGAUAAUUGUUUGAUGGUUCAAAACGUUAUUGAAACCGUGUUGAACAAAAUUUUGAUCGACCGUGAUCUGGAUGGUGCACAAGAUUACGUCAAAGCCACAAUUUCCGACCUUCUACAGAACAAGAUCGAUAUGUCCAAACUAGUCAUCACAAAAGCACUCUCGAAGCGCAAAGAAGACUACGCAGGCAAGCAGGCCCACGUCGAGCUUGCUGAGCGGAUGCACAAACGUGACGCGGGUUCUGCGCCAACACUCGGUGACCGUGUCGCCUACGUCAUGAUUAAGGGAGCCAGUGACUCCAAAGGCUACGAACGAGCCGAAGACCCCAUCUUCGUCCUGGAGAACAACAUUCCCAUUGAUACCAAGUAUUAUCUUGACAAUCAACUGGCAAACCCCCUAGGCCGUAUCUUCGAGCCCAUUCUGGGAGAGAAGAAGGCUGGCCAGCUGCUCACUGGAGAGCACACACGUUCUAUCUCCAAGGCGGCCUCCAGCUUGGGUGGACUGAUGAAGUUUGCCAAGAAGACUCAGACCUGUAUGGGUUGUAAAAAGCCUCUCGCAAGCAACGAGGAAAGUGAAGGCGCGGUCUGCUCCAACUGUCGUCCUCGUCUGGGUGAACUGUACACCAAGACCCUGACGAAGACCUCUGAUUUGGAAGUUCGAUUUGGCCGUCUGUGGACUCAAUGUCAACGAUGCCAAGGCAGUUUGCAUUGUGAAGUUAUUUGCUCGUCUCGCGACUGUCCUAUCUUCUACAUGCGCAUGAAAGCAAAGAAAGAUGUUGAAGAUGCACAGAAGGACUUGUCUCGAUUUGACCUUGAUGCUGGGGCUUGGUAA